UUCCGUAGAUAUUCGCGCAUGCGCUGCUCAGCUCUAGAGAGUAAGCAUUUGACCACCAAAGGAUUUUUUUGUUAUUUUAUUCCUCAUAAAGUGUUUAAACAGAUAUAUGAAAUGGGAAAAAUCAGAUGCUGUUUGCCCUUAGUGUUCCUGCUGCUGAUACAGAAAGUGUCCUUGCAGGAUGUUCAAGCCGUUGUAGGAGACACUGUCAUCUUACCGUGUUCAAACAGUCAUGAGGCCCUGCUGGUUAAAGGCACUGUGUUCUGGAGAUUUGGAGACACCAUCACUGUUUUCGACAUCGUGGACAGCAGCGUGAAUUUUGAUGAGCAGGCCACAUCCUACAAAAACAGAGUGGACAGUUUUCCAGCUGAGUGGACAAAGGGAAACUUCUCCAUCAAACUCCGCGAUGUGAGGAAGAGUGAUGGAGGAACGUACACUUGCUUCCUUCCUAACGUCGACGCCAAAAACAAAGUACAGCUGACUGUCAAAGAUCGUCCAGUCACACCAACAGACAGUAACUCAAGAAACGGCGACGUCAGAAGAAGACCAGACCGAGUUUCACUGUUCUUUGCGCUUCUGCUGGGAUGCUCUCUGCUGUGCGCUUAAGCUCGACAGACGAACCUGCGCUAUCGAAAGCAUAGCUUAU